GGGUCUUCGGGGAAUUAGUGUAUGGAGUGGAUCGGUGGUCUGUCUCAGGGGGUCUAGUUCCUGGCUGGGUAACUCUUCCUCCUCCGUGUUUCCUUCUUGUCCCGCUCCGCCCUGAGGAUGUCUUACCUUGCGACUCCCUGCUAGUGUAUAGCCGGCCAUUGCCACUCGUUUUCUGUUGGCUGCGGUGACCUGAGCAGGCGCCCGACCCGUGGCGAGUGUCCUCGCAUCGGGUUUUUAGUAACAAGCCCUAGAGACCAAGGGCGCCCGUCUUGCUCCGGGUGCGAGCUGCAGUGGCUUGAGGAGGGCCGCCACAAGGACUCGGCUCUGGCUGGGCCCGGGCCCGGGCCCUGGGCAAGAUCUUCUAGGGAAACAGAACGGUGUGGGUGCUCUUUGCACCAACGCGGCGAUGUUCUGAGGCGCCUUGGAGACGCAUACCGCUUUCGGAUCAAGGCUUAGCCGGGAAUGAGAGAGCCUCUUGACGUUCCCCUUGUUUGCAGAGCUUUGCCAUACUGAGCAAAGUUUCCUUCCUAGCAGAGCAGCCCUUGCCACCAGAAGGUGAUGCACCAUGCCCAUAGUGGACAAGUUGAAAGAAGCCCUAAAGCCUGGGCGGAAAGACUCUGCUGAUGAUGGUGAAUUGGGCAAGCUGUUGGCCGCUUCUGCCAAGAAGAUAUUGCUGCAAAAGAUCGAGUUUGAACCAGCCUCCAGAAGCUUCUCCUACCAGCUGGAGACCCUCAAGAGCAAGUAUGUUCUGUUGAACCCGAAGACAGAAAACCCUAGUUGGCACAAGGGCUCUGAAGAGGGACCCAUCCGGAAGCAAGGCAGUGAAUAUGUGUUGGGAGGUGAUGGUGUGCCAGCCCCACAGAAGGUCCUCUUCCCUGUGGAGCGUCUCUCCCUGAAAUGGGAGCGGGUGUAUCGUGUUGGAGCUGGUCUCCAUAACCUGGGCAACACUUGCUUUCUCAACUCCACCUUGCAGUGUCUGACAUACACCCCACCUCUAGCCAAUUACCUGCUGUCCAAGGAGCACAGCCGCAAUUGCCACCAGGGAGGCUUCUGCAUGAUGUGCAUUAUGCAGAAUCACAUGAUACAAGCUUUUGCCAACAGCAGCAAUGCCAUCAAGCCAGUGUCCUUCAUCAGAGAUCUUAAAAAGAUUGCUCGUCACUUCCGUUUUGGAAGUCAGGAAGAUGCUCAUGAGUUCCUGCGCUACACCAUUGAUGCCAUGCAGAAGGCCUGUCUCAACGGCUAUACCAAGUAUGGACAAGAUCUCGCCAUGUCGUUGGUUAGGAGGGACAGUGCCUAUUUUCAGCUGGAUCGACAGACUCAGGCUACUACAUUGGUGCAUCAGAUCUUUGGCGGCUACCUCCGAUCUCGUGUGAAGUGCUCCAUGUGCAAGAGUGUUUCGGACACUUAUGACCCCUACCUGGAUGUCGCUUUGGAAAUCAGGCAGACUGCCAACAUCGUGCGGGCAUUAGAGUUGUUUGUCAAAGCAGAUGUGCUAAGUGGGGAAAAUGCCUACAUGUGUGCCAAGUGCAAGAAGAAGGUGCCAGCCACCAAGCGCUUCACCAUCCACCGAGCGUCGAAUGUACUCACAAUCUCACUAAAGCGCUUUGCCAACUUCAGUGGGGGCAAGAUCACCAAGGAUGUAGGCUAUCCUGAGUUCCUCAAUAUCCGUCCCUACAUGUCUCAGAGCAGUGGAGACCCUGUCAUGUAUGGCCUCUAUGCUGUGCUUGUACAUUCAGGAUACAGUUGCCAUGCAGGGCAUUACUACUGCUACGUCAAGGCUAGUAAUGGGCAGUGGUACCAGAUGAAUGACUCAUUGGUACAUUCAAGCAACAUCAAAGUUGUUCUCAAUCAACAAGCAUAUGUGCUCUUCUAUCUUAGGAUCCCCAGCAGCAGGAAAAACUCUGAGGGCCCCAUCUCCAAAAGCACAUGCCCUGCACCCAACCGAGCAAGCAUCGUCUCUGAACAUAUGAAGAAAAGUAUGACCAACGGUGCCCUCGCUUCGCCGCUGAUAAGCAAAAAGCAAGAUGUGACUCAGGCCAGGAAGACUUUGGAGACUGAGGAAUCUGGCGUCCCUGUUCCCCGCAACUCCUUUGCUUCCAACUCCAAACCUCAGAAUGGGACACUCCCUCCUCCUCAUCAUCCCAAGCUCAUCCCUGCUGCUGGGUUCUUGUCUCCUAAGCUCCCUACCAAGCUGUCUUUCCUGGAUGACUUCAGCAAGAGAUCCAAGAAGCAGCCUCUCCUGCCACUCAAAACAUCUCAGGACUCCAGCGAGGCUGGCAGUGCCAGGGUGGAGAUGGGCAAGCAGAGCUCCUGGGGAGACAAAGGCUUGGCAUCAUCUUCACAACCACCAGAGACUCCUGGUGGAGACCCCGAGGCCAAAGUUCAUGAAGAAGGGGCAGAGAUGCCAAGCAAGGACUCUUCACCUUUGACUACUACUUCUUCCUCCUCCUCCUCCUCCUCCUCCUCUUCUAGCAGCUCCUUUUCCUCCAGCCCAGCACAUAACCCAGUCAAAGGGCCCCCACAGGCCAUGCUGGGCAUCAAUGGCUACUGCUCGUCUCAGGAUUCAGACUGUGCCUCUGGGAAAUCUGUUUCUGAGGACUCCAAGUUUGCCAAGCUGAAGUCGUCGUUGCUGGCUAAUGUGACCAACCUGGAGAUGGGAAAUACCAUGUCACCCCCACCUGCAAAGAAGCUGGCACUCUCUGCCAGGAAGGUGCGUUUGGAGGGCAGCAGCAGCAGCGCACUGCAGAAAGUGAGCGGCAGUGAGCCCCGGGUGCCGCCCCACUCCCCACCAGCUGCUACAAAUACCACCCACCCUGUCUGUGCCACUGGGCUCGACUAUCCCAGGAUGCCCUCAUCUGCUUCCAAAUCUUCAGCACCUCCACAGCCAGCAAGCAGUGCCUGUGUCAACUUCACAGCCUCAUCCCGCUUCAAAUCGAGCUGCCUUUCUGCCACCCUUCUGUCACCACCUCCAGUGCCCAAAGAAGCACUGGGCCACUCUUACCCAGACCAGGACAAGAGGCCUUUCCUUGCCAGCUCCAAGAAGAGAAAAAGGAAGCGUAGCCUCUCAGAGGAAGAAAAAGGUACCGAUUGCAGCCCAAGCACAAGAGCCAUCGAUGCUGAGGGGACCUGCCUCUUCAACCCACCCAGGAAAAAGAGGCAGCUCAAGGAAAAUGGCAGCAUUGUGGCCUCCCCUCUUGUGCAGGAAUCUGACUUAGUGCCUGCCAGGAAGGGAGAGAGAGAGGGAAUAGCUGGAGACUGUAAGGCACCAGACUCUGAUCUAACCAAUUCCAUCCGGAAGAGGAAGAAGAAAAAGAGGCUUCAGCAGACAGAGGAAGGCUGCAAAUCUUUGCUGUCCCCAGUGAACAGUUGCCCUCCACAGGAUGAGGCAAAAGCCUGCCCAAUAGCACAUGCACCAGUGGAGGAGUCUGGUAGUGCCAAGAAGAAAAAGAAGAAGAAGAAGAAGAAGAAGAAGCUGCCCUGCCCAGGCUCAGACAAAGACAGCACAGCUGGAGAGAGCGAGCACCGUAAGCAUAAGAGGAGGGAGAAGCAGGGUGGCUCUGUGCCCAAGGUCAGCAGCCCACAAGAAGAACUAAGAGAAAAUGGCAUUUCCUCAGCGAGAAUCAGCACUCCAGCAGCCUUGACCUGGAGCAGCCAGCUUAAACAUGGGGACAAGUGCUCCUUGAACAUCCUAAGUCCAAAGAAGGAAGGAAUACAACACAAGCAUCAACAGUCUGAUGUAGUCCAAGAGCUGCUGAAGGAUUCUUUGGAUAAAGCUUAUGGAAAGCAAGUGUUGACAUGGGAAGGUGAGGUGUCAGCCAUCAGCCAGGAUGCUAUGCAUGAUGCUGUAUGGUCCCAGCACCAGACAGUCCUUGAUGACUGGGAUGAAGAGUUUGACAGUGGCAAGGUAAAGAAAAGCAAGAAGCUCAAGCGUGAGCGAAGAAGGAAUGUCAACGCCUUCCAGAAAUUGCAAAGCCGCCGUAAUUUCUGGUCUGUGACACAUCCUGCUAAAGUUGCUAGUCUGAGCUAUCGGCUUUGAGAUGGUGAGUUCUUGGCCACAGCCGUGCUGUGACGGACUCCAGUUCUUUGGAGCUGCCAUUGGCCAACAUGAUACUGUCAACAGCUGCAGGUUGCCAGCUCUAUGGAAUUCACAAGGAAGGUCCUGGAUCUUGCCCUGGAUCAUCUGUGCAUUGUCUGGGGAACUCAGGCACCCAUCGCCACUUAUUUACAAGAGUGCUACGAGGAGCCUUUACCUGUGGAAGGCUCUGUCCCAGGGUACCUCUGGCAUUGGGCAUGGAGCAGUGGUGGAGCCGGAAGCAACCAGCCCUUUAAAAUGAAACCCCCCUCUGUUGCCUCCACCCCCACAAUCCUAGGCUUGAUAAGCCGUGAUGCCCUCUGCUGCAUUUCCUGCCAGUAAAGACUGAGAAAGCUGAGAGCUGUGUCCACCUUCUGAAGAGCUGGAUGUUGUUUGCGUUGACUGAAGUGGUAUAUUUGCCCCUUGCCCCACUAUUGUCGUUUGGGCAGGAUGUAACUUAUGUGGCUUUUCUCUGUUCAUUUGUGUCCCCUUCUCUAGUUUCUACAUUUUCAGAGGAAGUAUGAAAUGCUCUUCACUGGAAAUAUUUUUCCAGGCAGUCUCCCACAUCCCAUUCCUGCUGCAUAGAACUUUUGGAACUGAGUUCUAUACAGCAGUGAAAGCUAGUGGUGGGGCUCUCGGGCCCUGUGUAGUUGUGUUUAAAUAACACCGGGGCCCUCCAAAGGUGCUGCUUAGUCAUGGCAAUUUCUUAGUGGCAUCCUCCCAGCCAUAGUUAAGUCUCAGUAUGUUUUGAGGUAGUGAUGUAUCUAUUGCUGGAGGAGUGUUGCUUCAAACUGCAGGUGGGGAAGGAAAUAUUUGAAUGCAUUUCCUCCACAAUAAUAAUGAUAAUAAAAUUCCAUGCACAUCCUAAACUAGGAGCUUUCCCAUGAAGGAGUAUUCAGAUACUCACCUCCACACCUGCAAUCUGAAGCGUCCUUAGUUUGGGUCUUUUCUCCAUGCUCCUCUUAGGUCUAAUUCUGGUGGGCAUCAUUGCACAGUUUGUGUGGCAGAAAUUAAUGGCUCCAAGAGGAUUUGACUCAUACAGCAGAUUUCUGCCUCAGUUUGUAUUGGGGAGAGGCUGUCUGAAACAUAGCUGUUUUGACACCAAGAUAGAGUGGGUUGUCUGCUGACAAAAUGAAAAGAGACCCAAAUGUGCUUGUGCCAGUCUGUUUCAGGGGGAUGUUGUCAAACCAAGUGGGUGCAAGGGUUCCUGUUUCUGUAGGGCUGACCUAGUUUUUUCAUUAUUCCCUCGCAUCUGCUGCUGUCAAGCAGUUAGCCUUAGCAGUUCACUCCUUGACAGGCAGCCUUUACCUGUAACUUUUCAAAAGUGCAUGAUCAUCUUGAGGGCAGUUCAUGUGCAUCCUACCCAUUCUUGCACUCCCUGCAUUGCUCAUUGAACUUUGGCACUCAUUUUCUCUAUUCGCAGAUUGGGUGCAAAGGUUGAAAACUAGCCUUAUUCUGUCCAUAUCAAAAUAGUUCCCAAAACAGUUUUGGCCAUUACAUUUAUUUUGAACUAAUGGUUUUUUUAAAUUAUUCCUAGGGGAGGGGGGCACUGAGACUCUUGAUACUCUCAGUGGGGAGAAGAGUCUCCCUCUCUGGCAGUGCCCUUUUAACAAUCUCUUACCAACAUGUAGAUACCCUAAACAGGUACAUCUUGCACCUCAUGCUGGGGCUUAUUGCAGUAGCCCUAGUUGUAGCAGUGGUUUAUGGUGCAAUAAAGGAAUGUUUUGUGUA